AUGAAUGUUAAGGAUAAAACAAAUGAUAACGAAAAGGCGAGAGAAGACUUGGCUAAAUUAUGCUUUCAUGGGGACUUAGAGCUCCAACCCUUAACUAACGGAAAGAGGGGUAAACCAAAGGCAAGCUACACUCUAACGAAACCUGAAGUCAAGUUGGUUUGUAAAUGGUUGAAGGAAUUAAAAAUGCCAGAUGGCUAUGCUUCAAACCUCUCUAGGUGUGCCAAUGUCGAAAAGGGUACGGUGCAUAGGAUGAAGAGCCAUGAUUGUCAUGUUUUCAUGGAGUGUUUACUCCCAAUUGCAUUUCGUUCAUUGCCGGAUUUGGUUUGGAAACCAUUAACUGAGCUAAGUCGAUUCUUCAAAGACCUUUGUUGCAAUACGUUAAGGAUGGAUGACUUAGUUAAGUUGGAUAAGAACAUUCCAGUUAUCAUAUGCAAGUUAGAAAGGAUAUUUCCACCUGGUUUCUUUGACUCAAUGGAGCAUCUUCCAAUCCAUCGUUCUAAAGAAGCAAUGUUAGAUGGUCCAGUACAGUAUCGGUGGAUGUAUCCAUUCGAAAGAUUUAUGGGACUCUCAAAGAGGGCAGUGACAAAUAAGGCUAGAGUUGAAGGUUCCAUAUGCACUGAUUAUAUACAUCGUGAGACAAAUUACUUUUGUUCUCAUUAUUUCAACUCAUUCAGUUUGUUGCCAAACAAAAAUAUUUGUAACAAUCCUCGUUCAGACCAUGAUGACAUCCUACCUACAAUGUCCCUCCUACACAGUGGUGGUCGACCAAGUGGGAAGUCUGGAAAACAUUAUCUAUCAGAUAAGGAAUGGAAGUGUUCACAUUAG